AGCGGCAUCUAUCAUAUUACUAUUGUAUUAUGGUAAAUAAAUGUGUUAAAUCUAUCGACAUGAUAUAAAAACAAUGUGAAAAAUAUUGAUAUUAUUUAAUUAAAACUGUGUAUUUAAAAUGUCAGACGAAUCAGAAUAUGAUGUAGAACCAGAAGAGUUUGAUAUUUAUAAACGAAAAUAUCAAUUACUAUUAGAUAGAUGUGAAGUUUUACAACAGGAAAAUGAAAGAUUGGUUUAUCGUAUCCAGCGAGUUAGAAAAUUACUCAAACGUACAAGAAAGGAAAAAAAAUUUUUAAUUGAUCGCUUGGAUCAACAUGGUGAUCGUUGGAGAGAAGCACCUAUGGGAGUUCUUGAAGAAAAUAAUGUAUUUCAAGUAACACCUAAGCCAGAAAAAGGUCCAAAAGCUACUACAUAUAAUUCUAAAGAAGAAAAGACUAAAAAAGGAACAAAACGAAAAGGCACUAAGACAGAUCCUAAUGCUCCAAAAAGACCAGCAAAUCCAUUCUUUCAAUUCUGUCAAGAACAAAGACCUCGAGUUAUGGAAAGAUUAGCUGGAGAACCAGAACCAAGCAAACAAGAACUUACUAGACAACUUGCAACUACUUGGAAAUCUCUCAGUUCAGAAGAUAAAAAGGUGUAUUAUGACAUGUACGAACGAUCCAAAGAAAAAUAUGUUGCUGAAAUGCAAAUUUAUAAUAAAAAAUCGGAAGAUAUGCCAAACCAUAUGUCUUUAAAUAUAACAUAGUAUUUAUAUUUAAAAUAAAUAUUAUUUGUAAAUACGUAAUUUAUAAUCAUAUAUUUGCACAUAUGUCAAUAUUUAUAUAUAGAAAAUUGAAAUAAAAUUUUAUAAAUAAAACAAAUAGAAAAUUUGUACGUAGGAAGAAUAUUUUAUAUUGAUUAAAAAAGUUAUGUAACCACCACUAAUUUUUUUGUAACAAUAAUAAAUUUAUGCUUUAAAAUUAUCUUUUUCCCUUCUAAGAAAUGCCAUAGUUUGAAUUGGAUCUUUUUGUUCAGUAUGAUCCAUAACAGAUUGUUCGU